AAAGGCAAACACUACGCGCGUCAUUCAGAGGGAUUUAAAUAAGCCGGUCUGGUCCAGUCCCCUGUGGACCUCGAAGUUGGGAAGUUAUAGGAGGUUGGGACUUGGGUCGCGGCAGACGACAUGGCUGCGCGGUUUCUGUGGCGCGCCCAGACAAAGCUGUUAUUCGGUUCCGCCGUCCUUGGUGGCGGAGCUGCCGCCGCGGCUAUUGCCAGUUCCGAUGACCCUCUCACCGCUCUCAAGCUUUGCACCACUGUCCCGCUUCGCCUCUUCCGCGAUUCGGUCACCGCCGCCUCUAUAGCUUUCGAUUAUGAGUAUUCGCUCUGGGGACUACCCGAAGGUAGUGCUGAAAGACAAAAAGUCAGGCAUGAAGUUCAUCUGAGAGGUGCACGCAGACUUGAAGAACUUUGUUUCAAAAAUGGUGGAAUAUAUAUAAAAAUUGGUCAACAUCUUGGUCAGUUGGAGUACUUAGUACCUGAUGAAUAUGUUAGAACAAUGAGGGAAUCCAUGCUUAAUAGAUGCCCCCAAUCAUCUUAUGAUCAAGUAUGCGAAGUUGUCAAGAAAGAACUUGGAGGAAGACCAGACGAAAUAUUUGAAGAGUUUAAUCCAGUGCCAAUUGCAAGUGCUUCUCUUGCCCAAGUCCACGUUGCUCGAACACAUGAUGGGGAAAAAGUCGCCAUAAAGGUUCAACAUACGCACAUAACAGAUACUGCCGCUGCUGAUUAUGCCACCGUGUCGUUAAUUGUGAACACGCUGCACCGAUUUUUUCCUGAUUUUGACUACAGGUGGUUGAUUGAUGAAAUUCGUGAAAGUGUACCUAAGGAACUAGAUUUCCUUGUUGAGGCUAAAAACAGCGUGAAAUGUAUGGAUAACUUUCGGAAGCUUUCUCCUCAUAUUGCAAAUUAUGUUUAUGCCCCCAGGGUAUAUUGGAAUUUGAGUACCUCAAAGUUGUUAACCAUGGAAUUUAUGGAUGCUGCACAAGUAAAUGAUGUGAAGACCAUUCAGUCUCUUGGCAUUCAGCCAACGGAUCUGGCAAAAUUAGUUAGUGAGGUCUUUGCUGAAAUGAUGUUCAAGCACGGAUUUGUGCACUGUGAUCCCCAUGCUGCAAACAUGCUAGUUCGCCCCAUGCCUUCUGGCCCAACAACAUUUUUCGGACCUGGCAUCGGGGAAGAGGAUUGGCAGUGCUAGGGAGCAAGAUGGACUCUAUAUCUUUGAUGAAGGGACUCAAUCAAGUAAAAGAGGGAAGAGAAAGCCACAAUUGAUACUUCUAGAUCAUGGCUUAUACAAAGAACUCGAUAACUCUACAAGAAUGAACUAUGCUGCACUCUGGAAGGCAUUAAUAAACUCUGAUGCCAAAGGUAUUAGGGAAAACAGUGCAAAACUGGGUGCUGGUGACGAUCUGUAUGCGUUGUUUGCUGGGAUUCUUACAAUGAGACCAUGGAAUAAAGUAGUCGACACAUCCGUUGAUCAUUUGGUUAUCGAAGGAUCAGACAAUGAGCGUUCGGAAAUUCAGAUGCAUGCUUCAUCACACUUCCCUCAAAUCACUGAGCUACUUAGGAGAUUGCCUCGUGUUAUUCUUUUAAUGCUGAAGACAAAUGACUGUCUACGAGCUGUUAACAGGGCCUUGACCCUAGGUUCCUCUCUGGAGACCUUUUUAAUUAUUGGAAAAGUUUCAUCCGAGGCAGUUCUGGAAUCAACAUUGGAGAAGAGUUCGCUAUUAUCCCGGAUCAACUUCCGGUUCCAGAAGCUUUUGCUAGAAGCCCGUCUUUAUGGAAUGCAACUAGCUGUUUGGCUUAUGCAGCUUCGGAAGUUAUUGGCAGUCUGAUAUCACUAACCCCGCCUCAAGAACGAAUUCCUUGAAGAGUCUUUCUUUCUAUGGAGAAGACAGCAUAAGGUAUUACGAUCUGAUUAUACGCCUACUUGACAGGACUCAUUUUUUGAAUUUUCCCAAGUAUGGAUCCCAACAGUUAAGUGCAAGUCGAAAGGUGCCACAUAAGGCAAAGAGGAUGGUCCUUCAAAAACUAGACCAUUCUAAAGUCUUGAUUAUUAUUUUGAAGUGAUUUUAGAAUAUGGCAAUUCUUUACCAAUUUGAUGCACGAAAGGCGCAUCUAGUUGAUUGCGUUGGCUCCUUCAUACAAUAUAUAUUAUUCUCCUGCUGUACCAAAAAAACAAUGCCGGAGACGAGCAUUUGAUUGCAUUGUGAGCUCACAAGUGACUAAUUCGAGAGCUUUUUAAUUUCCUAAAUAGAGUUUAUCGAAGGAUAAUAAUGAUUGGAAUAUAUUAUACUUGAGCAUUGAGAUGUGAAGGGUGUACCGUGUUAAUUCAUCAAUAUAAUUUCAAUCCUUUCCAAUGUA